AUGAAGGCUCCGGGUUUUCACCUUCCACAUUAUGUGGACUUGAUGGUUCAGCCAUCAAAAAUGUCGAAGAAACGAAAGAAAGUGAGUGGAAAAACUAAACUCAACCUCACCGGAAGUUCAAGAACUAUCGUCGGAGAAGACAAAGAAAUAGAAAGUGCUAGUCGCAAAAUUGGUUUAUCUGGAAUACAAAAUUGUACUGCCGUAAUUCGGCAACUUGCGUACGGCACAACGAGUGAUGCGUGGGAUGAAUAUUUAAGGAUGUCGGCGAGAAGUUGUCAUGAUUUUCUUGAAAAUUUCUGUGAAGGUAUUAACUUUCUUUACGGGAGGCGAUAUUUGAGGAUGCCAACCGCUACUGACGUUCCACUUUUAUAUGAGGCCCAUCAGCGGAUACACGGGUUUCCUGGGAUGUUGGGUAGUCUUGCUUGCACGCACUGGGAGUGGGCGACAUCUCCAACCGCUUGGAAAGGGAAAUACCAUCGUGGUGACCACGAUGGUCCUACCCUAAUAUUACAAGUGGUCGCGUCUCAAGAUUUUUGGUUACAUCAAAAUACGAGAUACGAAAAGGAAAUCAGUACAAGAGAAGGGCUUCUAAAAUACGAGUUGUCACAUUUACAAUCUUCGAUUCUUUUCGACGAUGUCAUAGAUGGUGUCGCACCAGAUACUUCAUUUUAUGCAAACGACGUGGAGUAUAAGUAUGGGUACUAUCUCACAGACAGUAUUUAUCCGGAGUGGGCGACCUUUGUGAAAACUCUUUCGUGUCCAGAUGACGAGAAAAGAAUGUAUUACAAAAAGAAACAAGAGUCGGCAAGAAAAGAUGUCGAGCGGGCUUUCGGUGUAUUAAAAAAGAGAUGGUCUAUGAUUGCCCAACCGUCGAUGAUACUUGAAAAGAGUAAAAUGAGAAACAUCAUGUAUAUGUGCAUCAUCUUGUAUAACAUGAUAUUGGAGGACUCGGGCAGAGCGUUAUGUGGAGAAAGUUAUGAUGAAGGUAACCAGCCGACGAACCCAUUACUCACAUACGCUCAAAAAGAAGUUAUCCGAGCGAGGAUACGUAACAAUGACACGCACCAUAACCUUCGAGUUGAUCUGACCGAGCACUUAUGGUUUUAUAGUGAACAAGAAGGAGAUGACGGAGACGACAAGUGA